AUGUCUUCAAUUAUCGCUUCACACAUACCAAAGACCGUUCCUUUAGCUAAGUUAAAGGAGUUCUUCUCCUUUUGCGGCAAGAUUCAGACUAUAAACCCAAUUGACUCUAAGGAAGAAAAAUUUCAAUCUGUUGAAGUUAUUUUUGAAUCGGAGAAGGCUUUACAAACUGCCUUGUUGCUCAAUGAGGCUGAAUUGGAAGGUGUUUCAAUCAAGGUGGAAGCUGCUAGCAAGGGUGGUUUACCGCUGUACAGUUCUGCAACUAGUGAUAACAAGAUUCAAUCUGAAGUUACUCUGACUGGAGAUGAAGAAUACGAUGAUGUGAGUCAAGAAGAAAAGCCUAAGUAUGCUAUUAUGGCUCAGUUGCUUUCAUCUGGAUACGUUGUUUCUGAUCAGUUAAUCGACAGAGCAAUCCAAACUGACUCCCAAAAGGGGUAUUCUACCAAAUUUAUGUCAUUUUUGGACAAAUUGGACAACAAGUUUGUUCACAGCAAAGUCCCAGAUUCGACUGCCAAUAAGACUGUGGAAUCUGCGCAAAACACACUUUCUGGCUGGACGAAUGCUUUCAAUAAGUCUAGUUACAAGAAUACUUUAGACCACUACUAUGAACUGGCAGCCAGCCAUCCAUAUGGUAAAAAGGUGGCUAGUUUUUACAAGACAUUAGCUAAGGAUGCGCAGUCUGUGCAUGAAGAAGCAAGGAGGUUGGCUGAAUUGAAGAAAAAGAAGGAAGCUGCUACUCCUACUUCUGGAACUGCUGCUACUUCUACUUCCGAACCACUUGCCGUAUCUGGUGAACCAGAGAAAAACACGACACUCUAUGCUGCUACUGACAAGCCUGCUAUCUAG